AUGCCACGCACCACAACGCCGCCCCCAGUCCCACACGGAUCGCCAGCGUCGGUAGAUCGGUGCUCAACUGGAUGGGACGGUGUCCUCACGCGGGGAUGGGACCUGAUUCGAUGGGUCAACGCGAGCCGUCGGCCAAAGCGGCAGCUCUGGACGGCCGAUCGGCGCCCUGGAUCCCAGAGGUGGCGACUAAGUCCCGGAUUGUUUGAUUUUCGUGCCAACGCCGCCAUUGCUCGGUGGAUGGUUGGCGAAGACUGCAUUGAGAGACGGGGCCCUGGGAACCCCCUGGAGGGCGCCCGGGAAGCGGGUGCGCAGGGGCUGGAGUCUGCAGACGCGCCCUAUCCCGGCGGAGUGGCUGGACGGUUCGAGUGCAGCGCCGCACGGCCUGUGCACUGCCCGCGCAUCCUGUGCUCCGUCUGCGCACAGCGCACAGCGCACAGCCAAGUGGCCUCAAGGCACGGCAUGAAGUCACGCUGA